AUGACUAGCUCAAACUAUUAUUAUGAUUCUGAAAAUGUAGAUAUUAAUAACAUGUCUCCUUGUGAGCCAUUAUGGUAUGAAUCUCCUGAAACUCCUUACGAUGACUUCAAAUGUUCUAACUUUGAUGACAUCAAGAAGGAUCCUGAUACAUAUCCCUCCGAAUCCUGGGCUCAAUCACCAUCUUUUGUGGAAGCUGGAAGCGCCUGUGUUCCCACUCCAAAAUCGAAUUUACCUCCAACCAAAUCUCAUCGCAUGAUGCCAUAUCAACGACCAACUGGUGGAUUAUCUCCCAAAUCUUCUGCUAGCUCUAGCUGUAGCUCACGAGGACGUCCUUCGAAAGUUACAAGUAACUCGAAAAUGGCAACUUACGCUAGGAAUUAUCGUGAAAUCAAAAAAUCGCAAAUGGCGCAGUGUACUCAGCAGAAUGAGGAACUCAAAGCUGAAAACUUCCGGUUGAGAAUGGACAACCACGAACUGCAAAGCUCAUUAACUAGAUUGGAACAGGAGAUUGGACACCUUCGUGAGGCUUUCAGCCGCACCUCUAGCAUUGUUUCAGCCAUUUCUUGCCUGAAAGGUUCUUCAGAGGCCAAGCCUUCAGCUCCAUCUGAUUUAUUUAACGGAUUCUGUUUGCAUUUAAUGGAUGGAAGAUUCUCGUUCGAAGUAUGCCAGCACUGCAGUACUAAUGCUCGCGAGAAGUUGAACCCAGAAGUGAAACCUAACUCGAAUACCAAUGAAGUGACUCCUUUGUUUAACGGCGAUUUUGAAAGUAUUUCAAAAUUCCCCCAGAUGUCCCCACCGCCAUGA